AUGUUGUCCGUCACACGUGUAGGUCUUCGCCAAAUCCAGCCAUCUUCGUUUGCUAGAGCCGGCCUUUUCGCCAGAUCCUUAACCACCAUCCCCCAGCCUCCCGGAGGUGUUACCGGUAACGUCAACGAGGCCUAUGUUCCACCUAAGCCACUGAAGUCGCAUGGCUCUUUCCACUGGACCAGCGAGAGAAUCGUUGCUGUCGGUUUGUUGCCUUUGGUUGGUUCUUCUUUCGCAGGCACCUCCUCCACCAUCAUCGACACAACCCUUGCUGCAUUCAUGUUGUACCACGUUCACUCUGGCUUCCAGUCGUGUAUCAUCGACUACAUUCCAUUGAGAGUUUACGGUUCCUUCCACAAGAUUUGCAUGUACUUGUUGACCUUCGGCACUGGUGUUGCCGGCUACGGUGUCUAUGAGAUUGAGCAGAAGGAAGAGGGCGGUUUGGCUGGUGUUGUCAGUCGCAUAUUUAAGGCAUAG